AUGUCCAACCCCUCCUCGCCCACUUCCAACCAGACCGAGAUGGUCUUGGACCCGGCGGCGCAGAACGCGCCUCAGCAGCAAGGCGCUGCAAUGCAACCGGACUCAGCUGGGUCCCAACAACAGCUCCCCGUGCCAUACCAGGUGCCCAACCAGUACGCAGGGGCGGGGCCGUCGCAUGCGCCACUACACCCGAUGGCGCAAGGCGGGUUCCCGCACGCGUACGCCUCCCCGUACGGGGCACCGCUCCCCUACCAGCACCAGUCACCGCCAACAGUAUCCUCGGCCGCACUGCACCCAACGGUGCAAUAUGCUCACGCGCCCGCAUCGUCGAGCAUGCCGGGGCCCGACCGGUCGAACGCAGCGCUGUUCCUGCCCCCUGGAAUGCCCCCGCUCAUGCCCAUUCCGGGUAUGUCGUGGGCAGCAGUCCCCAAUCACCACCUCCUUGUGGCGCACUCGGCCGGAUGCAGCUGUUGCACGGAGUUCGUGCGACACUACCAGGCGGCGAUGAACGACUCCUCGUUCAGGAACACGUUGACCGCGGUUCAGACGCAGCUGCAGUCGCAGUUUUGGGGGUACUUCGAGGAGCAUGCGCGCUCCAGGGAGGGAGAGAGCCGCGCUGAGCACGCGCGACAAGUAGAAGACUUGGAGCGGCAGCUCCAAGCAGCAGUGGCAGAGGCUACCUCGCUCCGCAAACGCGCUCGAAUCAAUGCCGAGCUGGAACAGGAGCUCAACGCCGCACGUGCGGAGACGACGACACUUCGUCAGGACCGCAACCGAUAUCGGUCGGAGCGCAACCAGGCUCGGGAGAUGCUCAAUGAUGAGAAUUGUCUUCGAGCUCGGGCAAGCCAAUCUCGCCCCAAUCAAGCUCGGCCAGAGGCGUCCGGAUCGUUGAGCCGGCACGCGGCCGCUGGUUCAGGUCCCACCGUGGACUUUCAAGACUUCGAGGAAUUGUCCUCUGGUGAUGAUGAAGAGGAUCUCUUCGAUGAGAAGUACAUCAAGAAGAAGGCCGCCAGGAAAGUGCGGCAGAACGCGGUCUACGGGACGCCGCUGGCCCCACCUCCACGACCCCCCAGCUAUUCGAGUGACGGACGCUUCCCACGUCCCUGGAUUACGGGGUGGCCAUACCACAUGCUCGCAGUCCCUGAGGACUCCAACCCUCGCGAGGCGGACCAUUGGUACGACUUCGUACCCGUCACCACAGAGGACGCUCAGCAGCUGCUGAGGGCCGCCGCCACCGACCUGGGUCAGGCGCGUUGUCAUGCACCAAACUGGUUUGGCGCAUGGGCCUACCGGAACAGUCCAGGGUAUGCCAGCAAUAGGAGCACCCUCACCAGACAGACCUAG